GGCCAAAUAUUAAGAACACGAUCGCAAUCCUGAACUGUUUGCUGGCCAGACAGUUGUGCUUUGAGGACGCCUCCUGCGCAGCCAUCCUGGAAAUCAUCCCCAGGGUUUGCGGACCAGAGUUGGUUGCUUGCUCGACGGUGACAGUAACCAAAUGCCAGGCGGCUCUGAGGACGCUGCAGGCCUUCCCGUUCUUCAAGCCGACAUGCCUAUGCAGGGAACCUCACGUGGAUCCGGAAUGCAACUCUUUCAGAGACUUCCUGUUCGAUCACCCCUGCGUGUUUGUCCUGAAAAAAGAAAAAGAUCCGUAUCCGGUGGACGCGCUGCCCACUUGCAAUCACGCUCUCUCCGUCUGUCAGCAAGAGCGCAAAUGCAUAAAACUCUACGACGACUUCAAGGCCAACUGCAAGGUGAGGGACAGUAAGUGCCGUAUGGAAGACAGGGGGUUAUGCCAUGAAGCCUGGUCCAAUCUUCGGAGGUCUCCUAUGUUUGGUUGCAUUUGCCCUAACAACCAUAUGAAGAAGCGGUGCGACCGCAUCUUCAAUAUGGUAAACCACAAUCCUUGCGUGGACAUACUUCCGCUAAAUCCCGGCCCCGAAUCUGAUAACGAUGCACAGCCCCCUUACGAUCCUGAUCAGGACUUUUUCCGGAACUUCUGGUCACCACCCACAAACCUAUAUCCAUUCUUCCUGAUCACUCCUAGUUCGAUGCCCCCAACGCACGGCACUGCUCAUGCCUCCAGCACAAAUAGCACGCACCGCACUGGCACAGUUAAGGUGAUUUCAGCUUCGGAAAAUGCGUCUGCCUCAUUUGACUACGGGCUAGGCAAUUCCAUAGUCGAAAACCCGCUAGUAGACGCGGCCAACGGGCUCGACGCACACGCAGACAACGAUCACAUAACGGUGACCGUAUUAAAGAACAAGGGCAAGGGCCUUGCGAACGUCUCGCAUUACGAGGAAGAUUUGGAGGGCCACGUCAGCGUGCAACAUCAAAAGUACCCAAGUUCGACGGAUCACGGUCGCGGCGAAGGCAACGAGGUCACAAAAGUUGUGUUCCAGAGCACUUGCCAUGUGGCUAUGGAUAGCUGCAACAAUAACUACCAUUGCCGAAUGGCGUUAGCACCGAUUUUACACCACUGCGAUAUGUCCAGAUGUAACAGGAACUCUUGCAUGGAAGCUCUACAAGCCUUCUAUCGCAAGCCAAGCUUACCGUGGAACAUCGAGAUAGCAUUUUGCCUCUGCAAGAAAACCGACAACAAGCACGAUGCAUGCAUGGUGGCACAGGAGAAGCUGCAUCCGGUCUGCGCGCAAAGAAUUGAAGGAUCCCCUCAGCCCACUUGUCUUUCGCUCGCUGAGGUUUGCAGGGAGAACAAGGAAUGCAGGACUCGACUGGAGUACUACGAGCAAUCCUGUGCCGUGGAUAGCGUCACGAAGAAAUGCGCAGGAUCUCCGAAAAAUUGCAGGAUGGCUAUGCUAGGUAUUCUUGGCACCGACCUCAGGACUACAUGUGCCUGCAAGGGCACGGAUAUGACGCAACUCUACGAGUGUCUUGGAUGGCAAAGGCUUCUAUGGGUUAACCCAUGCGUUGUGGAAUCGCAGAAAGACUUCCACAUGAAAAAGGCAGCCGAGUUGGCGCUACUGACGACCACGACGACGACACCCAGGUCCAUCACCAGGGGAACUCCUCCAGCCAGACCGAGCUACACCCUGGGUCAUCAAAUAACGAUUAUGAGUGCCACCGAGGCACAGUUGCAGACCAGGGAGAGCACGACUACGUUCGUUCCACCUCACACCACGACCACGACAACCACUACGACGACGAUGGCGACCACGACCAUCCCCCCAAAAUACUGCGUGGUUCAAAGGCCGCAAUUUCCAGAUCAAUACAUCAAGGAAGGGACGUUCAAACGCAUUUACCACGAGGAUGAGUACGAAUGUUCGGAUGUCUGCGAGUGUGAAGUGGGCGAGAAGCUGGCGUGCAAGACGAUUUGUAUAGACCGGAUGCCGUGCAAAACUGAGUUUGCAUUUUAUAAUCACGCCGCCCCCGCUUACCAGGCGUACAGGGGUCGGUGCUUGUGCUACUCGGGACGUUUUAUCUGUAUGAAACCUGCUCCUAAUGAAUACAGCCUGCCCCAAGGAGUUUUCCUAUUCCUUGGGUACAGCGAGGUUGAUGAGCGUGAACUCAAUAAAAAUCAUACUAAAGUUGUAAUCCAGGACGUCGUCCGAGCUCUGCAGGAAUUCAUCUUGGAGGAGGCCACUAACGGGACGUUGUGCUCUUUGGAAUUGUUUAACACGACGAGGGAGAACGUGAUAAUAGCUGGGAAACUGAACGGCGAGGUGGAUUAUACGAUGUUGUCACCGAUGGAGAGUCUGGCCAAAGAAAAGGAGGAAUGCGUCGAGCUGCUGGAAACCAUAAGCGACAGGAUUAACAGUCGCAAUCCCGAUUUCGUGUCGCAUUUGUUGCUGAGCAUAUUUAAAAUGGCAGAGGUCGAGAUCGUGCAGAUCGAGGCAAGCUCAGCCUCCAACCUGAGCCAUAGCCACGUCGGUCUCUACGUGAUCUUCCCGAUCCUUGCGCACAUAGUCUGUUUACUCUCCUCAUGACAAUUAAGGCUGUAAACGAGAUAUAUCUCGAAGCAAAUUCUAUACCUAAUUCAUACAAACAACAGCAGCAACAACAAAAUGAACCACAAGCACAAUACUAUAAACAUAUACAGAUAGAAAACAAAAACAGCAAAAAAAAUAUUACUUAAUCACUCUGAGUUGCAUCUACAGGUAAUCUAACGAAAUAUAUAAAUGAGUGUGAAAUUCCCCAAUCCCACGAUUCUCAACCAAGAAUGAAAAAAAAAUAAUAUAUAUAUACAAAAAGAAAACGAGAAAAAAAAUAAUAUGAGAGAAAACGUCUUUAUGUUUUGGUGUAUAUAUACAUAUCAGUGUUGACUGUUGGCAUUAGGGUUAAUAAGAUAGUAGUAACUAGUUAGUAAAUGUGUGUGUAUUCAGGUAACACCGAUAAAAGGUCGCGUUGCAUAAACUGAAUUAUCCUAAUAAAUAGGAAAGUCGGUUAUUCCGGCGCUCAGCUAAUAUCUGUCCAAAAGGGAGUAAAUGAUCCGUAGCUUAAUGACUUCUACAAAAUAAAAAUUGAUGAAAAUAAGAAAAGUGGUAAAAUAUAAUAUAUUAAUAUACACACAUGAGAAAAGAGCAAAUCUUUGCAUCGACUUAUACAUAUAUUCAUUUCCAUUUUCCUAAACUAAAACGUACACGUUUCUUUUUUUAUUUAACUUUAUUAUACAAAAAAAGAUGAAAAGUAUUUUCGAGCCACUUUAGGUGAUGAAAAGAGCAGAGACAGAAGCGAGCUUAAGCAUUUCAGAAUCUCGAUCUAUUUCAGAAAACAAAAAACUUGCAGCAAGAAGAAGAUAUUCGUUGUCUUUAGGGGCUGCAGUUUCGAUGACGUAUUACCAUUCAAUUGACCUAAAUAUAGGACAUCUUGUUUCUUCAUUGCCCAUCGACUUACAUUUUUCUUUACGAAGAACAAUUCAAUCAAAAAUUUCAAUACACUUUCACAAAAUUCU